CGGACAGCGCCGCGGAGCAAAGCGAGCGGACACCGCACGGCCAAACCGAACUGUCAAGCUGCAACAGGAGUUCUCUGCAGCCCGACAGAGACACCCGGAAGGCACGAAAGUCAAUCUGAGGGAGCACCAUGAAUCGCUUCAAGACCUCCAAAUUCAAAAACACCACUCCGAAAAUCGCCAAGAAAGACGAAUGGAUCAACAAUGUCCGAGCUGGUUCCUUCUCCUGCCAGGGCAGCCGCAUCAAAGCCAGCUCCAAGCUGGUGGCCUUCACUACCGAGCAGGCUGGUGGGGGUAUGCUGGGCCUGUCCUCAGUCAAACCUGGUUCAGAUGGCCAAUGGACAGUCACGCAGAUAUCUUGCCAUUCUGAUCUGGUGACCGAUAUGGACUUUUCUCCUUUUGAUGAAAGUCUCCUGGCAACGUGCUCUGGGGAUGAAACGGUGAAGCUGUGGCGUUUGUGUGAUCCAGAGCUGCAGCAGCCCAGCAGUCCUUUGCUGACCGUGCGUCCGGGUCAGGGCAAACUGGAGCUGGUGCUCUUCCACCCCACGUCCUCUGGCUUGCUGGCUGUGGGUGCUAACAAGUCCCCCCUGAUAUGGGACACCUGCCGCCAGGAGACACCACUAGCAGUUCUGGAGCAGCACGGUGACCAGCUGCAGAGUCUGAGCUGGAAACAGGACGGCUCCCUGCUGGCUUCCUCCUGCAAGGACAAGAUGCUGCGAGUGUUUGACCCCAGAGCCCAGCUGACACCUGUUCAGAGUGCCACGAGCCUUCAGAGCAACAAGGAUUCACGCAUCCUGUGGGCCAAAGACGAGCUGCUACUCACCACCGGCUUUGAUAUGAUGCGCAGUCGGGAGGUGAGGCUUUGGGACAGCAGGAAGCUGAGCUCUUCCAUCAGCUCGACGUCACUCGGCAUCUCCAGCGGGAUGAUGAUCCCUCUGUUUGAUGAUGACACUGGUCUGCUCAUCCUGGCCGGCAUGGGAGACGCUGUGAUCGAUUGCUUCGAGGUGACUGCCUCUGAGCCUUUCUUCUCGCAAGUGAGCCACUGCCUGAUGGACACCUCAACGCGCGGCGUCGCUAUGGUACCCAAGGUGGCGCUGGAUGUCCUGUCCUGCGAGGUGAUGCGUGUCCUUCAGCUGACAGACAGCUGCAUUGUGCCAAUCGGCUACCAGGUCCCUCGCAAGCAUUCGAGCCAGGAGUUUCAUGAAGACCUUUACCCAGAUACGGUGGGCACGACUCCAGCCAUGUCUGCUGAGGAGUGGUGGAAGGGAGGCAACAAGCAGGUGGAGAAAGUCAGCCUCAGGCCAGACAAACAGCACAAGCCAAAGGCUGCACCAGCAAAGAAGAAGGAGCUGGCCAGUGGGGGGAGCAAAGAGGAUCCGGCCCGCGGCUGCUCCACCUCCAGUAGUCCUCUGAGCACGCCCAGCAGCAGCGCUGCCGCGUCCCGCUCUCCUUCCUCCACCUCCGGGCUCUCCUCAGGCUUCCUCCCCAGCCCCAGCCAGAGCACCAAGGCCAUCCAGAGCCUGCUGGGGCCGACCUCCAAGUUCCGUCACAUCCAGGGUGCCGUGACGCACCGCGACACGCACAUCACCAACCUGCGGGGCCUCAACCUGACGACACCGGGCGAGUCCGACGGCUUCUGUGUCAACCGACACCGCGUGGCAGUGCCCCUCGCUAUCUCCGGGGGCCAGAUCGCCAUCUGUGAGCGCUCUCAGCCUGGCAGGCUGCCUGACACAGCCCUGCCUACCAUCCAGAACUCUGUUAAUGUGGUGGACUUGUCUUGGGACCCCUUUGAUGCCCACCGGCUUGCUGUGGCUGGGGAUGAUGCAAAGAUCCGGGUGUGGCAGGUACCAAAGGGGGGGCUGAAAGACACCCUGACUGAGCCUGAGGUCCUCCUGCAAGGCCACACGGAGAAGAUCUACUCCAUCGCGUUCCACCCUCUGGCCAGCGGACUCCUGGCAUCUUCAUCCUACGACCUCACAGUCAGACUGUGGAACCUGGAGAACGGAGAACAGGUCAACCUCCUCACUGGACACGAGGACCAGAUCUUUUGCAUGGCGUGGAGCCCGGACGGCAAGCUCCUGGCCACAUUGAGCAAAGAUGGCAAAGUUCGCAUCUACGACCCGCGCAAGUCCACUGCGCCUGUGCAGGAGGGCCCCGGUCCCGAGGGCCACAGGGGCGCUCGUGCGGUCUGGGUAUGUGAGGGCAAGUACCUGUUGGUGUCAGGAUUCGACAGUCGCAGUGAGAGAAAACUUUCCCUUUACUCCGCUGACUCCGUGUCCUCUGGAGCCGUCGCCAGCACCGACAUCGACACCUCUCCCUCCACACUCAUCCCGUUCUACGACCCCGACACCGGGGUGGUCAUCCUCUCCGCAAAAGGGGAGACAAGAGUGCACAUUUAUGAGAUUGUCCCUGAAGAUCCGUACUUUAUGGAGUGCAGCAGCUUCAACUCCCCCGAGCCGCUUAAGGGCUUCGCCUUUCUGCCCAAAUCGGAGUGCAAUGUGCGUGAUGUGGAGAUCGCUGUGGGACUCAUGCUCACCAAGGCAGCUAUUGAGCCAGUGGCCUUCAAAGUGCCUCGGGUCAAGAAAGAGUUUUUCCAGGACGAUGUGUACACCGACACCGCUGUCUGUUGGGAACCAGCACUGACUGCCUCUGCCUGGCUGUCCGGCUCCAACGGCCAGCACAAAAAGAUCAGCCUGAAGCCCAAAGACAUGACCCCAGUGAGUGAGGCCCCGAAAGAGGCUCCAGUGAGGAAAUAUCUGCCCUCGUCGGUUUACUUGGAGGAGAAGACUGACGAACAGAAGAAAGAGGAGCUGCUCAGUGCCAUGGUGGCUAAGUUGGGGAACAUUGACGACCCGCUGCCACAGGAUUCCUUCGAGGGGGUCGACGAGGACGAGUGGGACGACUAGAGCGGACGCCAUCUUGGAUCCCGGAGCCAACAGCAGAGAGCAGAUCUACACACGGGUCCAGGAGCUCCAUCCGCGAACAUCUCAUCCUCUAUGGCACAAAGAAUACUGCACAAUGUGAAAGGAAACAAUCACAAUAACCACACAACACACCCUCUGAUAUCAGUAUGUAUCACUAUAUCUGUAAAGGUUUAGAAAAUCAAAUGUCAUGUUGUCUAGUUUGGUGUUCAUCACAUCCGACUGCGUGGAAUUUGACAUGAAGAUCCUUGUAAUCCUUAAGGUUUGAGAAAUUAUUUCUGCAUUUUUUAAUUAUUUCGAAAAUAAAUCUGACAGCAACCGGUUUGUUAUGUUAACGUAGACUACAAAAUGAUGUCGCGCUAUUCAGGAUAUUUGGAAAAGACAUAACACAACGCCGGUAAAUAUGAGAAAAUAGUGACGUCAUAAAUCAGGACGCCGCAAACAUUCCUGGUAAACCAAUGUGUGUGUGUUUUUUUUUUGUUUUUUUUAAAUGGAUGAGUAUUUUUAGCACAGCCUCUCUUUUUGUUUAUGAUAUGCAUCCAUAAAUAAGCACGAUAAUACAUUCUGAGGUGUUAAAAAAAAGAAGAAGAAUGGCCAGUGUGUUGGAUGCCGGGUAUCGUUUCAUACCAGUCGGUGCACAUUUACCUCCGCCGUGGACCACUGCUUGCUUUCUUUAUUUUUUUUAUUUUUUACUGGCCGGUCAUUUUGAAUACACUUCGUUCACAAAUGUGUCUUUUUGAAGGAUGUAAUGUUGUGUUAAUGAACUCAUUGCAUGAGUGAAUCUCUCGUCUUCCUGGUUGAUCAGGUAAAACACACACACACACACACACACACACACACACACACACACACACACGUUUACUGUAGUCGAGCCUUCAAGCAGCAAAAACCACACGAGGACACAACAGGGUCACCAGUGUUCAUGUUUGGCCAUGAACUGGGAUUUCUUAUUACAACAUUAAAUUCACUUUUUCUUUGCUCGCCAACGAUAGAAUAAAAUGCCAAUUUAACAAUAAUGUGCUAUUUGUAGAAUUGAUUAAAUGUUUUGCCAAUGCGGUAGUCUUAUAAUAGUCUCAUAAGGUGGGGUUAAAGGUCGAUACAACUAACAUGUUAUGCAUUGAAUGCCAAACCACGUGCUUUUUGGAGUUUGUAUACUAUAAGAUGAUUAUUCCUUUUCUUUCUUUUCUUUUUCGCUGGGCAACUUGUAACCAUGCUCUUGGUUGCUUGACUGUUUGGGGACAUUCCUCAUUUAAAUGAGCUAAUUUUCUAUAUCUAAUGUUAACUAGCAGUAAGUAAUCAUUGUGUUGAUCAGCCAAUAACAGUACAGUAUUAAUAACUUGCAAAACGGCCAUAACAGGUAUCAUGUAAUCUCCAAUCAGGGCUACACAAUAUCGUCAAUAAUGAAGUCUUGAACCCACCAUCUGUUAACCACCUCAGAUGGACUGAACCAUUGAUUCAGUCCAUCUGUUAACCACCUCAGAUGGACUGAACCACCUCAGAUGGACUGAACCAUUGAUUCAGUCCAUCUGUUAACCACCUCAGAUGGACUGAACCACCUCAGAUGGACUGAACCAUUGAUUCAGUCCAUCUGUUAACCACCUCAGAUGGACUGAACCACCUCAGAUGGACUGAACCAUCGAUUCAGUCCAUCUGUUAACCACCUCAGAUGGACUGAACCAUCGAUUCAGUCCAUCUGUUAACCACCUCAGAUGGACUGAACCAUCUCAGAUGGACUGAACCAUUAAUUCAGUCCAUCUUUUAACCACCUCAGAUGGACUGAACCAUUAAUUCAGUCCAUCUGUUAACCACCUCAGAUGGACUGAACCAUCGAUUCAGUCCAUCUGUUAACCACCUCAGAUGGACUGAACCACCUCAGAUGGACUGAACCACCUCAGAUGGACUGAACCAUUAAUUCAGUCCAUCUGUUAACCAUCUCAGAUGAACUGAACCAUCUCAGAUGGACUGAACCAUUAAUUCAGUCCAUCUGUUAACCAUCUCAGAUGGACUGAACCAUCUCAGAUGGACUGAACCAUUAAUUCAGUCCAUCUGUUAACCACCUCAGAUGGACUGAACCACCUCAGAUGGACUGAACCAUUAAUUCAGUCCAUCUGUUAACCACCUCAGAUGGACUGAACCAUCGAUUCAGUCCAUCUGUUAACCACCUCAGAUGGACUGAACCAUCUCAGAUGGACUGAACCAUCGAUUCAGCGGGUCACGCACGCCGUGUUGACGUGGUGACCUGCAGGUGUCGUCUGUGUCUGUGUGAUAUACACUGUGUGUGCUUUUUGGUUCUCAAACGCCGUACUUUGUAAUAUUUGGAUCGGAUUAACUGUUAACAUUGUGUUAAAAAGAGCUUCCUUUUAUACACCGAGUUGAGCAUUGUUAUUGUUUUGUCUGUUGUACUCGAGGGAGGGUUUGUGGAAUGUUUUUCAAUAUCGUCUUGCAAUAAACACAUAUUUGAACCUAC